CAUUCACCUGACUGAGCAAGAGCUCCGCAUCUGCGGCCGCUGUCAGGAAUUUGACACUUUUGGGCCUGGCUCACGAUCCUGAAUCCGUCAGCGCGGAAUUCGGCGCCCGGGCCAUCGCUGUGGGGCGGCGAAGCGAGCUGGAAGGAAAAGGGACCGGCCCACCGCGAGCCCCCUGAGAGCUUCCCCUCGGUCCUAAGCCCGGCGUGCGAAGCAAGGCGCAGACUACAUAUCCCAGCAUGCACCGAACGCGCCGCUGGGGUUCGCACAGGGAGUAGAUAACCACUACAGUCUACGUGCGUCCUGCGACUGUCCGAGCCCCGGGACCGAGAACUACAACUUCCAACUUGCAAAAUCACUGCGGCGGCGCUGCUUAAAGAGCGUCAGAGAGGAGGUGCCCGGCCCCGCCCCGCCCCUCUCUUCCAGUUCCGUUCCCUUGGAGGAGCGGCGAGGAGGGGGGCGGAGCCUUAGGCCUGAGCCAAGAUGGCGGCUGCGAAACCGACCCUCACGGACUCGCUCUCGUUCUGCCUCGCGCAGCUCACGGCGGCGGCCGGGGAGGGUCUAGGUGGGGGAAAGGACACAGCUACCAACGAGACACCCUUGGGCCGUGCGCUCUUAGCCCUCCGCACGCGCCACGUCAAGGCAGCAGGGGGAAUCGAGCGCUUCCGGGCGCGCGGCGGGCUCCGCCCCCUUCUCGCGCUGCUACGGCGAGCGGCUGCAGCGGGCCCCGCCCCGUCCCAGGCUGGCCCCGGCUCCGCCCCCUCGUCCGUCGAGUCAGCGGCUUCUGCUGGCCCCGCCCCCUCGCCGGGCCCUGCCCCCUCCGCUGCGUCCUCCUCGUCGUCGCCCUCGCCGCCAGCGCGCCUGCGCAAGACCCUGGACUUGGCGCUGAGCAUCCUAGCCAACUGCUGUACGGAAGGGGCGUGCCGGGCUGAAGUGCGCAGACUCGGAGGCAUUCUCCCUUUGGUGACUAUUCUUCAGUGUGUGAAGACGGAUAGCAUCCAGAACCGAACAGCCCGUGCUCUGGGGAACUUGGCCAUGGAACCCGAGAGCUGUGGGGACAUCCAUUCUGCUGGUGCUGUUCCCUUGCUCGUUGAGAGCCUGACAGCCUGCCAGGACUCACAGUGUCUGCAGAGUGUGGUGCGCGCCCUUCGCAACCUGGCGGACUCACCCCAGCACCGCCUGGCCCUGGCGCAGCAGGGAGCAGUGCGCCCUCUGGCUGAGCUUCUGGCUGCUGCCCCAGACCCUGCGCUGACCUUGGCCCUAGUCCGUGCCCUCUUGGAGCUGAGUCGAGGCUGCUCCCGGGCCUGUGCUGAGCAGCUAAGUCUCGGUGGGGGACUAGGACCACUGGUCAGUUUGGCCUCCCACCCCAAAAAGGCAGUACGAGAGGCAACUAUCCUGAUCCUCGCCAACCUGUGUGCCCAAGGCCUUGUACGGCCUGCACUGGGCAAUGCUGGUGGGGUAGAGGUACUACUGGGUGAGCUCCGGCGGCGCAGAGGGCCCAAUGGGGCUGGCCCAGCCUCCCAGCAGCCCCUGGUGCGGGCUGUGUGCCUGCUGUGCAGGGAGGCCAUCAACCGGGCCCGGCUGCGGGAUGCAGGUGGUUUGGAGCUGUUGAUGGGUCUGCUACGGGACCCUCGUGCCAGUGCCUGGCACCCUCGCGUUGUGGCUGCGCUGGUGGGCUUCCUCUAUGACACUGGAGCCCUGGGCCGGCUCCAGGCUCUGGGACUCGUACCUCUCUUGGCUGGGCAGCUGUGUGGGGAUGCUGGUGAUGAGGAAGAAGAGGGAAGAGAAGCUGCUUCCUGGGACUUUCCUGAGGAGCGGACCCCUGAGCGGGCACAGGCUGGAAGCUUCCGAAGCCUAAGGUCAUGGCUGAUCUCUGAGGGCUAUGCCGCAGGCCCAGGAGACAUCUCUCCAGACUGGUCCCCUGAGCGAUGUCCCCCGCCUCCACCACCACCACCAGAGCCAGCUGAGCCAACCAGCCCCACCCUGGGUCCAACGCCACUGCGGUCGCCUCGCACACUGCGCACACCUGGCCGCAGCCCUGCUGCCACCUCUGAGGAGCCUUGGGGCCGUGAGGGGCCAGCGCUGCUGCUGUUGUCACGAUUUUCGCAGGCUCCUGACCCAAGUGGGGCACUGGUUACUGGUCCGGCCCUGUGUGGCCUGCUGGCCUAUGUGACAGGCUCACCGGGCCCACCGAGCCCACGGGCACUACGCAUCCUGGCGCGCCUUACCUGCAACCCUGCCUGUCUUGAGGCCUUCGUGCGCAGCUACGGUGCUGCACUGCUGCGUGCCUGGCUUGUGUUAGGCGUUGCCCCAGAUGAUUGGCCCACGCUGCGUGCCCGACCAGCUCGACGCCAGCACCGGGAGCUGGGUGAGAUGUUGCUGCAGAACCUGACCGUGCAGGCUGAAUCACCCUUUGGAGUGGGUGCCCUCACCCACCUGCUGCUCUCUGGAAGCCCUGAGGACCGUGUGGCCUGUGCAUUGACCCUGCCCUUCAUCUGCCGGAAACCCUCUCUGUGGCGCCGGCUACUUCUGGACCAGGGCGGCCUCCGACUCCUCCUCUCGGCACUAACUCGGCCAGCUCCACAUCCACUCUUCCUCUUCUUUGCUGCAGACUCCCUUUCCUGCCUCCAAGGCCUAGUGUCUCCCACUGUGAUCCCAGCCCUUCCACCUCCAAUGCCCUUGGACCUAGAUGCUCCCUCCCCUUGCCUCUAUGAACCUCUGCUGGGUCCAGCCCCCAUCCCAGCGCCUGACCUGCACUUCCUGCUGGACUCAGGCCUGCGGCUCCCUGCCCAGCGAGCUGCCUCAGCUACUGCCUCACCUUUCUUCCGGGCCCUGCUAGCUGGCAGCUUUGCUGAAGCCCAGAUGAACCUGGUGCCGCUUCGAGGCCUGUCACCCAGCGCAGCCUGGCCUAUCCUGCAUCACCUGCAUGGUUGCCGGGGCUGUGGGGCUGCCCUGGGGCCCAUUCCCCCACUGGGUCAGCCGCUGCUGGGUUCAGAGGCUGAGGAGGCACUGGAGGCUGCUGGCCGUUUCUUGCUGCCUGGGCUGGAGGAGGAGCUGGAAGAGGCUGUGGGCCAUAUUCACCUGGGACCCCACGGUGGCCCAGAGUCUGUGGGUGAGGUAUUCCGCCUGGGUCGGCCCCGGCUGGUUGCCCAUUGUGCCCGCUGGACCCUGGGGCCGGGGCAGUGCCCGCGGAAGCGGGCCUUGGCCUUAAUGGGGCUUGUGGAGGCAGCUGGCGAGGAGACUGGGCCCCUGAUGGAGGCUUUACUCGCUGUGGUGAUGGGAGUUGAAUUGGGGGGCAAGGGCUCUAGCUUAGACUGCUGAUAUCUCUGGGGAGGGGAUCCAGGGAUGAGUUGGCUAUGAAGGAGGACUCCCUCGGAGCAGCAGGAGAGGAAGCUGAGCAGACAUCACCAUCAGGGACCGACGAGAGGAUGGAACUGCAGGAUGAUGGUCUGAAGACGCAGGAGUGAGAAGCCAAGGCCCACAGUUUGAGUGUGGACCCAAAGAUGGAGAACAGCCCGGGGCCCCAGGCACCUGGCCUGGCCCAGCCUUCCAGAGUUGAGAUUAAAAACUUUGGAAUUGGA